UGAAUGGUGGAAAAACGAUGCUGUUCAAUGCUAGGUUUUAUGGGUAUUAUGACACCUCCACUGUGGGGAUCUAUUAACCACUAUGCUAAGUGUGCAAGCAUUAUUGUCUUGUAUUUAUUAUGGCACAGAAUAAACGCUAAAUGGAAAGGUGCUUGAUAUUGUGGAGAAUAAUUUCCCCUCUGUUUAAGGCAUAUGUGAAAUUGAAACUAAAACGCAGACUGAAAACAACUGAAACAAUCCAUUCCGUGGAAAGAUCUCCGCGAAUUCGCUGGUUUGACAUCGCUCACCGUUUAAUUAAUAGGUUGUAGAUUAAAAACAAUUAUAGACGACACAAAUGAUGCGUAGAACGUGCGUGUUCGCCAUGGCUGUAGGUCUAUGCAUUGACAUAACCACAUUUUUCGCCACGGGUUUUGGCGCAUCAAUUUCCAAAACUGGACCAAAAAGUUUUGAUGUUUUCGGAAAUCUGGUGCGUCUAUGGGUUGUAGCGGGGAUUCGAUUAGUUCUACUAUUUGGUGUAUCGCUACACACACUAGGAUCGAUUAAACCCGUAUUGAAGCGCUGGUUAGCAGUGCACUGUUUCCUUGCCCCGGUCUACGAGACCGGGCGACUGAUGCUGCAUGGAAGUUCACCGGAGAGCGCGUAUGGAUCGUUGGGGGGUCCAAGUUUGUGGCUAUUGUGUACCGCGGCAGCAGCUGCAGCAGCCCUGUUUUGGGAGAAAACCUUCCCUGACAGCAACGAAGAAAGUAACGGGAAAGAGAAGAAACAGAAGGCACGAGUGCUGUUCAUGAGAGUCCUCCACUUCUACAGACCUGACACCCUCCUUUUGGUUGGAGCGUUUAUAUUCCUGUCACUGGCUGUCGUCUGUGAAAUGUUCAUCCCAUUCUAUACAGGAAAAGUGAUUGACAUCUUGGCUUCCCAGUACAAGUGGAAUGACUUUCUCACAGCUAUCAUCCUCAUGGGCCUCUGCUCUUUGGGAAGCUCUUUCAGUGCAGGCUGUCGAGGAGGCCUCUUCAUGUGUGCCAUCAACAGCUUCACCUGCAGAAUUAAAGUAGAGCUGUUUGGGGCCCUGGUGAAGCAGGANUCACUAUUGAUGAAAAGGUUAUGA